AUGUGCGCUUCUGAAAACCAGUUUAACCAAGGUCUGGAAGACACCAACUAUCCAGAAAAGACACUUGAUUCAGUUUCCAGCAUACAAUCAUCCACGAAUAAAAUAAAUCAAAAAGUUUCAUCGAAUGCCUUAAUUAUAGUAGAUGUUCAAAAUGAUUUUAUUGAUGGUACAUUAGCACUAAAAGAUUGUCCAGCGAAGCAAGACGGUGCAGAAGUUGUACCAAUCAUUAAUAAUCUAUUAAAAACAGUUCAUUUUGAUACAGUCUUUUAUACACUUGACUGGCAUCCAAAGGAUCACAUUUCAUUCUAUGAAAAUUUACAUUUAAGAAAACAUCUAAUUUCACCUGAAAGUAGCGUAAAUGGAACAACAGCGAAACAAUAUGAUGUUGUUACUUUUAACGAACCGAUCGGCAAUCAGCUUUUAUGGCCUGUUCACUGUGUUCAAAAUACAACGGGUGCCAAAUUGCAUAAAGAUUUGCUUGUCACCGAUAAUCACAUAUUCAUAUUCAAAGGUAAAAGAUCAGAUAUCGAUAGUUACUCGGCCUUUUGGAGUAAUCAAAAAUUGACGAAAACUGAUUUAGACGAAAAAUUGAAAGAACGAAAUAUUCGAAAUGUCUAUAUUGUUGGUUUAGCCACAGACUACUGUGUUAGCGCAACUGCUCUACAUUCUCUAGAAAACAAAUACCGGACAAUUGUGAUUGAAGAUGCCUGUCGUGGGGUGGAUGAAGCAACAAUUAUAGCAAAAAUAAAUGAGCUAAAGCAGAAAGGAUGCGAAUUUGUUAAAGCACAUAUGGUCAAAUCGAUGGUAAAUAGAGUCUAG